AUGCCUCCUGUUGCCCCUCCUCGAACCUCGUCUUCGGCCCAUCAGCCCGCGAGCUCUAGGAGGGAUUACGCUGCCGGCGACGCAGCCGCUGCGGCCGCCGCCCAGAGACACGCCCACCAGGAGUCCUCGCGAAGCGGCUCCCGGGGCGAUGCCAAUGGCCAGGCCGACGGCCAACGGAGCAAGCGAACUGCCAACUCCCACGUACCGCAUGAUGCCGGUGCGCGACCACCCAGCAGUCGGGAAGACCGCCCUGCCGACCUUUCGAUUCCCAUACGAACCCAUCAGCCUUCCUCAUCGAGACAGCCCCGAGAAGCGAGCGAGAAUUUGAUGCGGGCAAUCUCCAACGCCGAGGAGCCCAGCGGUCGCGAGGCCCGAGCGACCUACCAUGGCUCAACUUCGCACGACGUUGAGGCGGCGCCCGCCCCGACAGUGAACAUGUCUGCCGCACCCCCUGCCCCAGAAGAACAGCGACGAGGCGGUCGCAGCAGACACGAUCACAGCCGAAGCCACAAAGGAACGUCAAAGUUUGGAGACUUCAUCCUAGGCAACACCAUAGGCGAGGGCGAGUUCGGCAAGGUCAAACUUGGCUGGAAGCAGGACAGCAGCGUUCAGGUAGCCAUCAAACUCAUCAAGCGUGACACUGUCGGCAGCAAUCCGUCCCGCCUCAGCAAGAUUAGACGCGAAGUGACCAUUUUGCGCGGCGUACAGCACCCCAACAUCGUUCGGUUAAUAGAUAUGAUAGAGACCGACAGAUACAUUGGCAUCAUCCUCGAAUACGCGUCGGGCGGCGAGCUGUUCGACUACAUCUUGAACCAUCGAUACCUGAAAGACAACUCAGCGCGGCGCCUGUUCUCACAACUCGUUUCUGGUGUCGGCUACCUGCACAAGAAGGGCAUCGUGCAUCGCGACUUGAAGCUGGAGAAUCUCUUGUUGGAUCGGCAUAGGAACAUUAUCAUCACAGACUUCGGCUUCGCAAACACCUUUGACCCGAAUGAGGAGCUCACCGACGAGGAGGAGCUCAAUCUCACGGAUCGCGAGUUUGUCAAGAGGCUGGGUCUGGACAAAGUCAAGGCCAAUGGCAUGCGCAAGGGCGACCUGAUGCAGACGAGCUGCGGCAGCCCCUGCUACGCCGCGCCCGAGCUUGUCGUGAGCGAUUCUCUCUACACUGGAAGGAAGGUUGAUGUCUGGAGUUGCGGUGUUAUCCUUUACGCGAUGUUGGCGGGAUACCUUCCGUUCGAUGACGACCCUGCGAAUCCUGAAGGCGACAACAUCAAUCUGCUCUACAAGUACAUCGUUUCCACCCCACUGACGUUCCCCGAAUACGUCACCCCUCAUGCGCGCGACCUUUUGCGGCGGAUCCUCGUCCCGAACCCGCGCAAGCGGGCCGAUCUGUUCGAGGUUGCACGGCAUAGCUGGUUGAGCGAGUACGCCCACGUUGUCGAAUUCAUCACGAGCUCCACAACUUUGCCUUCUGAGGUGCAGAACGCGUCUUCUCCCCAAGAGUUUGUCGAGCAGCCCUCCAUUGCGAGGAGCGCGUCUGUGCGAGAGACUCCGAAACACAAGCCGGCGCCGCCUGCCCCUGUUGGAGGUCUCGCCAAGGCGCACGCGAAAAUCGACCAGGAAGUCGAGCCUGCGUAUCGCACACCCAAGGACGCCAAGCGCCGGACCGUGCAGGUCGAGUACGUGGCGCCAACAACACAAACGCAACGCGGAGCCGAUCCGAGCGGCGCGCCCGCCCCGGCGGACUACGAGGACGGGCAGAAGACGUCGCCAAGGGACAAGCCCUUGCCUCAGGAUCCUCCUGUAUCUGCUGAUGGCUACGCGAGGGCUUCACACCAGUCGAGGAGGCCGCCGAGCUCCCACACCACGGGACUUCCGCGUCAUACGCGAGACACGCGGGCCAUUUCCGACAAUGCGUUCGCAGGAGCAAGACCGCAGACCGGAGGCUCGAUGCAGUCUGGUGCGUCCAUGGGCUUCCAAUCACGCGGCAAUUACGGACAGCCGGUACCGCCGACGAUUGCAGACACAAACGUUCAGGGGCGUAUCCAGCAGCCAACCAACGCAGAGAACGACGAUGGAAGCAUGGGUCAGCCCAGUGUGAGGGUUCCCCCCAAGUUCGCCAAGAUGACAGGCUUCCACGAGAACCGCGGCAACGAGGUCCGCGGCCACAAGCGGUCGAGCACCAUUGGCGACAUUGGCUCGAGACUUCUGGGUCGCAGCGGAUCCGUGUUCGGCGGCAAGAAUAAGAAGCGCCCGGAGCCGCAAGCCGAGAAAGCCAAGAGGUAUCCCCCCGUCAGCAUGUCCAACGCGAUGCCUCCGGCCGAAGAGCCCGUCUCCAGACCGUCUGUGGAAUCUCGUACGUCGCGUCGCUCGUUUUCUCUGGGCCUCGGAAAGAAGCGCAGUGGCAGCAUGACAGGUUCGCAGGGGUCUGGUGAGAAGAAGGAUCGUCGACGCUUCUCGCUGCUGCCGGCAUCCUUCUCGCUCAAGUCGAUCGGUCUCGGCAAAGACUACUCCGAGACUCCGCCCACCGACAUGGGCUCUCAGCAAGACCUGCCGAUUCAGGCACCUCGCGUGGAUCUUCCGAGAAGUGUGACGGCUCCCGAGGAUGCGAGAGGGAGCUCGCCCUUCUUCGACAACAUGUAUGACAACAACGCGCCUCCCCAAGAGAGAGCAAACGCGAGUCCUGUAUACCACCAGCGGUACCGGUCUGACGGAAGGAGACCCAACGCCGUUCCGCAGUAUAUGCAGACCGGCUCUCAUUUCAAUAGCGCUUCGGAGUCGUCUGUGGAGAUGCGAAGGCCGCCAACGGAACCUCAGCCGGGCUCCUACCGACACGGCUUCGCAGAUUCCGAAGGCGAUGAUGGGCGGCGACUCGGGACCAGCCGCGGCAACCGAGGGGUUCUGCAGAAGAACCACAAGCGAUUUACCGACGCGUACGACCAGAGCGACUAUCGCGGCCAUGAAGGCAGCAGCGGUGCCGCCAAGCGGGUAAUGGACUUUUUUAGGAGACGAGGCAAGGCCAGAGGCGGGGACGAUCGGUAA